UGACAAACAACAUGAUGCCUUUCCAGCAAGCCCGCGUCGAACUACUCUCCGCGUCUAAUGCAGCCGCGGCCCGCAUCAAGACCGCAAUCGCCGACUCGGAGAAGGAGAUCGAGCGCGCCAAGGCAUGCGCCAUGCGCAGACGCCCCAGCGGCGGCUGGCAAGCGGCGCGGUCGGCCGAAGAAGAAGGCCAAACCAUCUGCCGCACUGGUCGACAAUUGGAACCAAGUUUGCGAAUCCACGAGCACCUUCCCUGCGGAGAUGGGCGCUGUGACUGGUGACUGCUCGGACUGGAACGCCCCCGUGAUCUUCGGGGUCGGCCUCCAGGAGUUCGCGAAGUUCGAGUUGGCCCCUGCUCGCGCAGACCCAGGCCGCUGCCGGAAGAAGCUCAAGCAGGAGGGGUCGACAUGUUCAACGCGGCGGCGGGCCCCAUCUUUCCAGAGGCUCGAUCUACCGGCAGAGAAACAGACGGAUCAGAUCGGGAGCCUCGAGACGGGGGUCAACGCAAACGGGGGUCAGCCAGGGCGCCAGAUCCUGCAGGAUCCUGCGAGGCCCCCCUCUGGCUGACCCGGGUUAGGGAGCCGCUCGUGGCCGCGAGGCGGCCGCACAUAUUGGCUGACCCGGGUUUGCGAAGACCUG